AUGCCUUCUUCGGUGUGGGUUAACCCAUCUACCCAUGGUGCCAAGGAUGCUGCUGGUGAUGGGGAUCAGAGGCGUGCGGCGGGAAAGGACAGAGGGCAGGAAACGGGCACUAGGCGCAUUGUCUUGGAGCUUCCCUUAGCUUCUUCUCAAAGGCGACAGGGGGGAGCUGCUGCUGAGGUUAAGAAGGCAGGGGAAGAAGCUGGGAGGAGGAUGUAG